CUAGCUAAACCGAAUCUCCUGUUUGUUUGUUGGAGUCAUUACCAUAGAGUCUGCUGUCAACACUAACGUUAGGCGUACUAGAGAUGGAGGAGGAGGGCACGGCACCGUUUGUUCGUGUGAGUACGUGCCGAAUCGAGCACAGAGGAAGCACGCAGAACUGUAUGCUCAACUAUUGAUUACAGCUAGCCAUCUUCAGCCCAGAGCGAAGCCCAUCAGGAAGCCAUCGGCGCAGUUCAGUGGUUCGAGAGAUUUGUGAGCAUAUUGGCGGAUCUGGACUACCACUGAAAAAGUCUGCUUGAUUUGAUGAAAUGAAAUUCAUCUAGCGUGCCCAGACACUUCUGGAAUAUGCAGGCCGUUGGAGGAUAGAGGAAGAGCCUCUGCCGCUGGUGGAAGUAUACAUAGUCGCCCUGCUGAGUUACGCCCAGGCCUCUCAAUACCUCUCCCUGCAGUGUGAAAAUGUUCCUCUUGUGGUUGAGAGGCUCUCAAUGAGUUUUGUGGAGCUUUUGCUCUCACUGAAGGAAAUUCCAGAUGACUUAUGGAAGGAAUUUAAAUCAUCUGUGCAGUUUUCUUACAGUAAGCUUCAGGAGAAUGGAAUUGCACAGUUGUCUCUGCUGUCUGCUUUGGGCAAAUAUGACGGUGUUUGGACCAACAAGGUCCUGCAAGGUCUUCUGUCAAAUGAAAACCUACAGACUGAACACGUUGAAGAGUUCCUGGUGCAGGAGGGGCUGGUCCUGUUGGAGAUGAGAGUGAAGCAGUUGAUGAAGGAGAAUGAGAUGGGGAAGGCUCUCCUGCUGGCAAAGACUUGCUGUCAGAGUCCUGCCUUCCAUGAAAAAGGAUCUUUCAAGCAGAUGUACCUCGUCUGCCUAUGUGCUACCUCAGAACAGGAUCAGCUGAUGGACGAGCUUUCAAAGGAGGACUGCCGUGAUGCUUUAGAGAUGAUUUGCAACCUGGAGUCGGAUGGAGAUGAAAGGGCAGCUCUCACCUUAUGCUCGGCCUUCCUGACCCGACAGCUUCUCCAGGGAGAUACAUACUGUGCUUGGGAGCUUACUUUGUUUUGGAGCAAGCUGCUGAAACGAUUAGAACCAUCAGCGCAGGCCUUCCUCGCCAGAUGUCACCAGAUGUCCUUACUAUCAAAAACCGUGUACCAUAUCCUGUUCCUCAUCAAGGUCAUCCAAUCAGAGAUGGACAGCGUUGGAUUGCCAGUGUGCAUUGAAAUGUGCAUAAGGGCUCUUCGGAUGGCAUCAGAUGAUGCAAGCCUCAAGGCCACCGUGUGUAAAACUAUUUCCUGUUUACUUCCCACUGACCUGGAAGUGAAACGAGCCUGCCAGCUGACAGAGUUCCUCUUGGAGCCCACAGUGGAUUCAUACUAUGCUGUGGAGACGCUUUACAACGAACCUGAUCAAAAACUUGAGGAGGAGAGCAUGCCUGUUCCCAACUCACUACGCUGCGAGCUUCUGCUGGUUUUUAAAACCCAGUGGCCUUUUGACCCAGAGUUCUGGGAUUGGAAAACACUAAAGCGACAUUGUUUAGCUCUAAUGGGUGAAGAAGCUUCAAUAGUGUCUUCUAUCGACUUGCUAAAUGAUACUGAGGACCCCGAAGAAGAGGAAGAAUUCCUCAGUCAGGAUGGGUUUAAGAAUAUCCCAGAACACUUAAUCAGCGGCACCUAUGAACUAAAGGAUGUCACUGACAAGAGACAAAAAAACAGAGAAAUGAAGAAACUGAGAGAAAAAGGUUUCAUAUCUGCUAGGUUCAGAAACUGGCAGGCAUACAUGCAGUACUGUGUCCUGUGUGACAAAGAGUUUCUCGGCCACAGGAUUGUGCGCCAUGCACAGACUCAUCUGAGCGGUGGCGUAUACAGCUGCCCGAUAUGUGCUCAAACCCUUGCGUCAAAAGACACCUUGAUUCCCCAUGUGACGUUACAUGUUAAACAGUCGUGUAAGGAAAGACUGACUGCCAUGAAAACAAACAAGAAAUUGGCGGAUCCUAAAACAGCUGCCCCUGUAAUCGCUGCAUUGAAGGCAAAGACAGAGAAUGAACUUUAUGAAAAUGCUGAUUCCCAAGUUCAGAAUGCUGGGUUAAUACGAAAUGUUCAGGCAUCAGUGUCCAGGUGUAACACAGAUGGUAGUGAAGACAAUGUGUGCCCUGUUGGAAAAUGUAGAAGGAGCUUCAAAUUUUUCAAAAAUCUUGUUGCACAUGUUAAAGCCCAUGGGGAUGACGAGGAAGCAAAGACUUUCCUUGAAAUCCAGAGCAAAAAGGUAGUUUGCCAGUACUGUCGCCGCCACUUUGUUAACGUCACUCAUCUAAAUGAUCAUUUACAGGUACACUGUGGUGUGAAGCCUUACAUCUGUAUUCAGCUGAACUGUAAAGCAAGUUUCCUGUCCAACACUGAGCUACUUCUACACAGGAAAACACAUUCUGUUUUUAAGGCUAGAUGCAUGUUUCCAAAAUGUGGAAAGACUUUCAACGAGGCCUUCAAACUGUAUGACCAUGAGGCACAGCAUUACAAAACUUUCACCUGCAAAGUUCUGGAUUGUGGAAAAGUAUUUCAUUCACAACAGCAGCUGGAUUUACAUUUGGAGAAGCACGCCACCUUAGAAGAGGAAAUUUUAUCUUCUGAACACAUCUCACAAAACAUGCAGCCGGGCCCUUCACUCAUUGAACAAAUGCUUGUCAAUCACACUCCAAGUAAACAAGCGACCUCCCAAGAAAACUGGAAUGUAAAGCUGCCAAUGUCCUUGGAGGGUGUGCUGAAAUCAUCACAAGCAUCUUCAGAAACCGAAGGGGGAUACAGCGUCAAACAUGAACCACAAAAUAUGCCCUUCUCAACCAGUCACACAUCGAGUUUAAAUAACUCAGUGAUUCAACCUUUGAAUUCCUCCAUGUCUGAUACUGACGAACACAGAGACUGUUUUGAUUAUUUGAGACCACACCAACAGAAUCAAACGGUACGUCCUCGUGAGGCUAAUUUAGGUGAUGUGUCACAUGAUUGUAAUGCAGAUAUCCCACGAGGCCAGCCACAGAUGUUCCUCGGUGAUGUAAAUCCCAGAUCUAUGAGUUACAAUUCUGAGUGCAACAUACCUAUGCCAGUGCAGCAAGGGCCAAUGUGUAGCAGCAACCUGCUAACACCAUCACCACUCCAGAAAUCCACAGAGCCAGCAAUGUCACAACCACUUCCUCCAUCAGUAACCCCACAGCCACUCAGUAGGGACAGAGCAGAGAACUCAAUGACAUCCUUGACUUGCGCUGGCCCUCUUCCAGGACAGAGGGAGCGAUAUCACUGUGCAUUUGAAACCUGUGCAAGGCACUACAGCUCCUACAGAAGUGUUGCAAAGCAUAUGAAAACGGUUCAUCCAGAUUUCUACGAGCAAUGGAAAGUUGCUCGAACCAAAAUCAAGAUAACCUACGCUUCGGCCCCCAUUACAUCAUCUGUUGGACAUCUCAGUUCAAAUGCCUCAUUCCAGCACCAGAAGGACAGCAGAGUACCACUUCAUGGAGUUCAGAGGCAAAAUGUUAUCCAGUCCCCUCCUUAUACUUACACGGGUACAAGCACAAAGGAUACUGCCCUACAUCCCCAGUCUUCAUCUGCCCUUAACCAGAAUGUUUCCCUUGUGAUGGAAAAUGUUUUAAAUCCCAUUGUUCUCUCUCAGCUAGGAAGUGAUACAGAUCCAGGCAGCCAAAACUGGCAGGCAGCCCUUGGAAGUGAACAAAAUAAAAUCUCUGGCUCUUCUCAAGUCUAUCCAUCCAACAUGCAGGCAAUGCCACAUGUUGAUUCAACCAGUGCAGCUCUGCCCCUCUGUGUCCCAUCUUCCUCUAUGAUGGAGUCAAGAAUGAACAGAACAGAAGAGUCUUUACAGUCACCAGUUACGGAAAAUGGGUCCCAGUCAGUGUUGCCCUCAUACAUGUCUGGUGCAAAUGAUGUGCCACCACGAGCAGAAAACCUUCUUCAGCCAUAUACAUCACAGAUGCAAAGCAGUUUAGUGUCUGGCUCCAGGGCCCCAGAAAAAACAAAAUCAAUGCAAAUUCCCUCUCCAGACAGUGCAAGCCAAAAAAACUGUGUCAGCCAACCUCAAAAUGGCCCAGUCAUCUCUGAAAGUGCUUCUGAGAAUCCAACACGAUCUAAAAGAAAUAAAAGGACAAAAUGGCCAGCUAUACUUAGAGAUGGCAAAUUUGUUUGUUGCAGGUGUUUUAGACAAUUUAAUAGUCCCAAAUCACUGGGAGGCCAUCUGUCCAAGCGUGCAAUCUGUAAACCAUAUGAUGAGCCUGAACUGAACACAGACCUGCCAGCAUCGUUUCUUGACCUUCUCAAUUCAGAGCAAACAGUUGGUACGGCUCAGCCACAGAUCCCUUAUACUCCUGCGGCUAUUUAUCAGGAGAAGCCCCAUCAGUCAGUAACAAAUGGUUCAACUGCCACAAAAGAAUACCCCACUCCUAAUUAUCCACAAGAUAAUCUGCUUGUAUAUGGGAAUGGCGAGUCAAACGACGACAUUCUUAAACAAAUCAUGACUGAAUCAAACAUGUCUGAUCUCUUUGUGCAUACACCGGCUCCCCAGCCAUUGUUCCAAAACCCUUAUGGAGUCAGUGAACGUUUGCCAGGGAGCUCAGUCAUACAGCAUACAGAAAAUGUCCAGCUGACGUGUGAGAACAACUCUAAUAGUACAGCCCUUUAUCCUCAUCUAGGCAUUGAUACAUUUGCUCGAAGUGAAUUCCCUGAUCCACUUCUUUCUCAGAGUCUCCCAGAAAACCCCUCCACUGCUGUACCCGGAAGUGUUCCCACAAACCACAGUGACGGGUAUCGCUCUGAGACAACCGUUCAGAUACUUGAUACAGAUUCGAACCAAGUGAUGCAAACAAUAUUACCUGAUAUUCAACUUAGUCCAUCAACAAGUUGCAAGCAAGGUGAGACGGAAAGAAAGACCAGUGAGCAAGAUAUCAAAAAGCGACUGAGGGAGCAGAUUUUGGCUGGUUCUCAACGUAGAAACAUCUUGCAUCAUUCAGGCAACACCGACCCCAAUGCUAAUUCAAGAAAUCCCAUAACUUUUGGCCAAGUGUGCAGUUCUUCUCGUAAUUCUGGACUUCAUCAAAUGUCUCGUGAUGCAAAAAGUGACUCAGCGAGUGAAGCACAAGUCAUUCCAGUAACCUCUGGUGUCAUGAAACAACUACUGAACACACAGAGCUUUACUUGUUUCAGAGAGACUCCCACACCGCAACAGGAGGUACUGAGCCCCACAGGGGUCAGGGCAAAUGAUGCAGAGCCUGAGCCCACUCAGUUAUCUGCCAGCCAGCAACAGUGGAUGACAGAAAUUCAAAGUGCGUUUGAAAGGCUUGACUUGGUCAGAGAAAUAUCUGACCAGAUUUCAGCUUCCAUCAAACAUAAUGGCAAUACUAUGAACAGUCAGACAGUAUCAACAAAGGUGGAUAUACACAGCUCAUUGUCGUCAAACUUUGUCAAACCAUAUGCUUGCGAGAAUGAAAACUGCACAUUUAGUUCCAUGUCAUGUGAAGCCCUUUGGAAACACCUCUCCAAAACUCACAGCUACACACUUGAGAUGGUGAAUGUGGUUAAAAAAAGGUAUGGCCAGUAUGCUCCUUUCAAGUGUCAAAAAUGUAGCAAAGCAUUCACACGAAACUCAAACCUCCGUGUUCACUAUCAGUCGGCUCACAAAUUAUCAGCUAAAGAAAUAGCAGAUCUGGAUAUGAAGCGCAGAGAGGCCAAAGCGGCUGCAUUUGCUGCAAUACAGAAGCAGGUUAAAGCAGCUCAAAGUACAAUGGCUGCUCAUUCAUCAACAGAGAACGGAACACAUCUGGAUUCAUCUCAAGACACAGCAAAACAUUUCUGCCCAUCUGAGGCAUUUGUACCACAUACCAGUGUGGACACAACUAAUCAGAAUGUCCAAGAUGACAGUCGUUACACAGUCAUUCAGGCUUUGCAGAGUGCCAUGCCUCAGGCUAAUGGGCCUCCCUGUCUCAGCAAACAAGUUGCUAUCAAUAGGCAGCUGAUAGUGAAGCCAAGCAUAGAGAUUCCCAAGAAGACAAAGGAGAGGAAGCCCAGCUCAGGUGAAGCAACAAGUCCAUACAGACCAUAUCGCUGCGUUCAUCAGGGCUGUGUGGCAGCCUUCACCAUCCAGCACAAUCUGAUCCUCCACUAUAGGGCUGUUCACCAGUCUGCUCUGUCAGCACUGGAAGUGAACAAAGAGCAGGACCAGAGUGAGGGACUGGAUGAAGUUAUAAACCAUGAUGAGGACUAUCCAGAGGCAGAGAUCCCCCAAAUUUCUGAAUUCAGAUGCCAAGUGAAAGACUGCUCCCGAGUUUUCCAAGAAGUUCCAAACCUCUUGCAGCAUUAUCUUCAUCUGCAUGAAUUCAGUCUUGAUAAAGUUGGGAAUCUGUUGUCCAGCAUCAAGCUUGGGAAAUUUGCUUGUGGCCAUAAAGGAUGCACAGCAUCCUUCACUGCUGUCUGGAAAUAUAUAGGACACGUCAAAGAACUGCAUAAAGAUAUAAAGCUGGCCAAACCUGAACAAUUUAACGGGUCGUUCAAGUGUGAAAUUGAAGGCUGUGACCGUUCAUAUGCCACAAAGUCAAAUAUGCUGAGACAUGUCAUGAAAAAGCAUCAGGACCUGUAUCAGCCCAAAAUGAGGAGUCAACGGACAAAAGAAGACGGGAUGAAACGGAGCUCUAAGACUGUACUGUACCCAAUUACCAAGACAAGUAAUGGAAAGGAAAACAUCGAGAGCAAUAAAAAGAUUGUCCAGAGAGGAAAUGACACAAAGAGAGUUGGCAAGGCAAAAACUAACCACUGGACUAAAUAUGGAAAACCUUCACUGAAAACUAAAGUGGAGGCGUCUUCCAUGUGCACUAAAAAAUUCCCUCUACAAUACCCUUGUAUGAUCAAAGGGUGUGAUUCGGUCAUGAAGUCAGAGCGGAGCAUUUUAAAACAUUACAUGGGACACGGGCUGUCAGAGAAGUACUUGGAACAGCAAAGGAGUCAUUUCAUAUUCUGCAAAAAGUUCCCCAGGCAGAAGUGUCGCUCCAUCAGGAGUGACGACUCCAAAUCAGACAACACCUCUGACCUGUCAGACAAUGAGCUGACAGCAGACACCAGCCAGGAAGGAGGGGGGGAAUAUGGAUACUCGAAGCCUAUCCUACGCAGAAGGACCUCAGCAGGGAUUUCCCCGGCAUUGUUUGAGAGCAAGAUGUCUAAUGAUGAAAGUUCUGAUGGCUCUGUAGUGCUCAAACGCAAACGAGGACGUCCCAGGAAACUGAUCGAAAAAAUUGUAAAACGCAAGAAAAUUCCACGAACGACCAAGACGGACGUGGUUUACAGCAAGGACGAUGAAUCAGACUCUUCUUGCCCUGCAAUAAUCCAGGAGGAGGUGACAGAGCAGACUGCUCCACUGGCUUCUUUUAAACCAAUGGGCUUUGAAAUGUCUUUCUUAAAGUUCCUGGAGCAGUCAAAUAAAUGUGAACAUCCCUUGACAAGAACCGUUGAUGCACCAGAAACAUGGAGAAAACCCUCCCCUUUGAACACCAAAGACACCUAUGUCCGGUUCAGCAACCGUCAGAAUUUGAAAUCACUUAGUAAGGUUAGAAUAAUUAUAGACGGGGCCUUUUCAGGUGUCACCCACCUCAUGUUGAGACAGCUGCAAGACAUGCUGCCCACAGUGGUACUGGAAAAAACUGAGUAACAUGUCUUUUUGUUGAUGAAAGGCAGAAUCUCAGGACUAGAAUGAGUAAAAUCUGCUGCAGACUGGUGCCCUUCAUACAAAAUGUUUUUUACACCUCCUGUUAUUUAAAAAAGAAAAAAAAAACGUUGUUUUGAACUAUACUGUAAUACUGUCUGUAAAGUUUUUGUCUUUUUUUAUAGAAAAGUGUAUAGCAUGUUUUUAUUUAUGAACCAAGUCAAAAAAAGUUAUGUGAAAUUUUUGCUAGAAGUUGAAGUAUGACAUCAGCCUGUGGUGUCUUAAUCAUCCCUGUGGGACAAAUGAUUUUGAAAUGGAUUGUGCUGUUGUGUAGUUUGUGAUUUGAGGACGUUGUUGAUUAUUGUGUGUGUGUGUGUGUGUGUGUGUAUAUAGUUUGAAAUCACUCACUGCCACCAGCAGUCUUACUAUUAAAAGAACAGCUUUUUUACAACCAAUCUGGCUUGUUUUUUUAUCAUUUGACAUUUUGUUAGGUUACACAGCAGGUUAAGAGGCUUGGAGCGGCUGCAUGUACACUGAAUGGAAAAUGAUUUUGUGGAUGGUCUUCAGUUAUUCCCAAUAAAUGAGCUAGAACCAGUA